AGAGACUAUACUACAACCUGCAAAACACCAUCACCAACAAACAAACAAACAUGUCAAGUACUGUAACAACAUCAUCUUUUCAUUCUUCUCUAUGCUUCUCUAUUAAAAAAUCACCAUUACCAUCAUCAUCAUCAUCAUGUUCAGAUCAUCAACAAAUAAGUCUGUUAUCAACAACAAAACCAAAAUCCAUUCUCCAAAAUAACCCUCUUUACCAACCAACUCACAAGAACAUCUCAUUACAAUUCAAAGAAAAAAUCUUAUGCUUAGAAAUACUUGGUGUUGAUUCAGGUAAAGCACUCUCUCAAAACCCUAACCUUCACAACGCCCCAUUACGCGCUAUCGAUUCCAUCAUCACUUUCCUUCAAUCCAAAGGACUUUACCAGAAAGACUUUGCUAGAAUCUUUGGAAUGUGUCCAGCAAUUCUAACUUCAGAUAUUAAAACCGAACUCAAUCCUGUCUUCAAUUUCCUCACAUUCGACCUUAGAGUCCCCGAACACAACCUUCGUAAGGUCAUAAACAAAUGUCCAAGACUACUAGUUUGCAGUGUGAAAGAUCAGCUUAAACCAACUCUUUUUUAUCUGCAAAGACUUGGCUUCAGAGAUUUACAUCAUUUAGCUUAUCAAGAUCCAAUAUUACUCGUUUCAAGCGUCGAAAAUACGUUAAUACCUAAGCUACAUUACUUAGCAAGUCUUGGAUUUUCAACAAAUGAAGCUGUCCAAAUGACUUUGAGGUGUCCAGGACUAUUCACAUUCAGCAUAAAGAACAAUUUCAUCCCUAAAUUCGACUACUUUUCGCAACAAAUGAAAGGUACAUUGGAUGAAUUGAAAGAGUUUCCUCAAUACUUUGCAUUUAGUUUGGAUAAAAGAAUAAAGCCAAGGCACAUUCAACUUGUAGAAAAUCAAGUUUCAAUGCCCUUGUCAUUAAUGCUAAAGACUACUGAUGAAGAGUUCAACCAGUUGAUAACAAAAGAAAGAAAUAAAUUGUCAAUAUAAGUAAAUCUUUUUUUUUUAUUUGUAAAUUAAUCCUUUGCUUUGUUAGUAAUUUUCUAACUGAUGAAGUGACUAUAUAAAGCUAAUACAUGUAUUAUUUUUUCGAUGCC